CUCCUGACUAGCUACCUGGAUGUAUCUUUGAGAUGAAUGGAUGAGCUGGAACCAUGGUGCAAAAGAAGUUCUGUCCUCGGCUACUUGACUAUCUAGUGAUCGUGGGGGCCAGGCACCCGAGCAGUGAUAGUGUGGCCCAGACCCCGGAGCUGCUGCGGCGCUACCCACUAGAGGAUCACGCAGAGUUUCCCCUGCCCCCCGAUGUUGUGUUCUUCUGCCAGCCGGAGGGCUGCUUGAGUGUCCGGCAGCGGCGCCUGAGCCUGCGGGAUGACACUUCCUUUGUCUUCACCCUCACGGACAAGGACACUGGUGUCACACGUUAUGGCAUCUGUGUCAACUUCUACCGCUCCUUCCAGAAACGCCUACCUAAGGAGAAGGGGGACAGUGGGGCAGGGCCCCGAGGGAAGGAUGGACCCGGAGCCCCUAGAGCCUGCCAAGAGGCCAGCCAGGAGAGCUCAGAGAGUGGCUCAUCUCUGCAGCCACCCAGUGCCGACUCCACCCCUGAUGUCAACCAGUCUCCUCGGGCCAGACGGAAGGCUAAGGGUGGCAGCCGGUCCCGGAAUAGCACCCUGACAUCCCUGUGCGUGCUCAGCCACUACCCCUUCUUCUCCACCUUCCGGGAGUGUCUCUAUACCCUCAAGCGUCUGGUAGACUGCUGCAGCGAACGGUUGCUGGGCAAGAAGCCCGGCAUCCCUCGAGGCAUACAGAGGGACACCAUGUGGCGCAUCUUCACUGGGUCGCUGCUUGUAGAAGAAAAGCCAAGUGCUCUGUUGCACGACCUCCGUGAGAUCGAGGCUUGGAUCUACCGGUUGCUGCGCUCCCCUGUCCCUGUCUCUGGGCAGAAGCGAGUGGACAUCGAGGUCCUGCCCCUGGAUCUCCAGCAAGCCCUAACCUUUGCCCUUCCAGACCCCUCCCGGUUCUCCCUCGUGGAUUUCCCACUGCACCUUCCUUUGGAACUCCUCGGUGUGGAUGCAUGCCUUCAGGUGCUCACCUGCAUACUGUUAGAGCAUAAGGUGGUGCUGCAGUCCCGUGAUUACAAUGCGCUCUCCAUGUCCGUGAUGGCCUUCGUGGCUAUGAUCUAUCCACUGGAAUACAUGUUUCCUGUUAUCCCUCUGCUGCCCACAUGCAUGGCAUCUGCGGAGCAGCUGCUGUUGGCUCCAACCCCCUACAUCAUUGGGGUCCCUGCCAGCUUUUUCCUCUACAAGCUGGACUUCAAAAUGCCUGAUGAUGUGUGGCUCGUAGAUCUGGACAGCAAUAGAGUGAUUGCACCCACCAAUGCUGAAGUGCUUCCCAUCCUGCCAGAGCCAGAGUCAUUGGAGCUGAAGAAACAUUUAAAGCAGGCCCUUGCCAGCAUGAGUCUCAACACCCAGCCCAUCCUCAACCUGGAGAAAUUCCAUGAGGGCCAGGAGAUCCCCCUUCUCUUGGGGAGGCCUUCGAGUGACCUGCAGUCCACGCCGUCUACUGAGUUCAAUCCCCUCAUCUAUGGCAACGACGUUGACUCCGUAGAUGUGGCAACUAGAGUGGCCAUGGUCCGUUUCUUCAACUCCCCCAACGUGCUGCAGGGCUUUCAGAUGCACACACGUACUCUGCGCCUCUUCCCUCGGCCUGUGGUCGCUUUCCAAGCUGGCUCCUUUCUAGCGUCCCGCCCCCGGCAGACCCCUUUCGCCGAGAAGCUGGCAAGGACGCAGGCUGUGGAGUACUUCGGAGAGUGGAUCCUUAACCCUACCAACUAUGCCUUUCAGAGAAUUCACAACAACAUGUUUGAUCCAGCCCUGAUUGGGGACAAGCCAAAGUGGUACACACACCAGUUGCAGCCCAUCCACUACCGGGUGUACGAUGGCAACUCCCAGCUGGCAGAAGCACUGAGCGUGCCGCCAGAGCGCGAUUCAGACUCAGAGCCGACAGAUGACAGCGGCAGUGACAGCAUGGAUUAUGAUGACUCAAGCUCGUCUUACUCCUCUCUGGGGGACUUUGUCAGUGAAAUGAUGAAAUGUGACAUCAGUGGUGACACUCCAAAUGUGGAUCCUCUGACACACGCGGCACUGGGAGAUGCCAGUGAGGUGGAGAUUGAUGAGCUGCAGGGCCAAAAGGAAGAAGCAGAGGAGCCAGGCUCGGAGGCUGAGAACUCUCAGGAAAAAACCCUACUACAUCCCAGCUCCAGUAUCAUCACCACCAGUAGUAGCCCUAGCACCAUCAUCCACGGAGCCAGUUCUGAACCUGCCGACUCCGCAGAAAUUGAGGACAAGGCAUCCAUAGGCGUCUCCAGGCCCCUCCUUGCCACGGGCCCCAGCAUCGGGAAAGCGGGUGUGGACAGACGUCAGCCAGAAAUUGUGGAGGGGGCACAAAAGCUGCUGCGACCCAAUAGCCUCAGACUGGCCAGUGACUCUGAUGCCGAGUCUGACUCCCGGGCGAGCUCACCCACCUCCACCGUCUCCAAUAACAGCACCGAGGGCUUUGGCGGCAUCAUGUCUUUCGCCAGCAGUCUGUAUCGGAACCACAGCACAAGCUUCAGCCUUUCAAACCUCGCAUUGCCCACCAAAGGAGCCCGAGAAAAGACCACGCCCUUCCCUAGUCUGAAAGUAUUUGGGCUAAAUACUCUAAUGGAGAUUGUUACUGAAGCCGGCCCCGGGAGUGGUGAAGGAAACAGGAGGGCCUUAGUGGACCAGAAGUCAUCUGUCAUUAAGCACAGCCCAACAGUGAAGCGAGAACCCCCAUCACCCCAGGGUCGUUCCAGCAAUUCCAGCGAGAACCAGCAGUUUCUGAAGGAGGUGGUACACAGUGUGUUGGAAGGCCAGGGCGUGGGCUGGCUCAACAUGAAGAAGGUUCGGCGGUUGCUGGAGAGCGAGCAGCUACGAGUCUUCGUCCUGAGCAAGCUGAGCCGCACAGUGCAUUCUGACGAUGGGGCCCGGCAGGACUUCAUCCCAGACGUGGAGAUCAGCCGAAAGGUGUACAAGGGGAUGUUGGACCUGCUCAAAUGCACAGUGCUCAGUCUGGAGCAUUCCUAUGCCCACGCAGGACUGGGAGGAAUGGCCAGCAUCUUCGGGCUCCUAGAGAUUGCUCAGACCCACUACUAUAGUAAAGAGCCAGACAAACGGAAGAGAAGUCCAACAGAUAGUGCACACACGCCCACUGGCAAGGAUCCUGGCCUGUCCGGGCGGGGGGAUCCAAGGGUGAUGGCACAGCUGAGAGUUCCCCAGCUGGGACCUCGGGCACCAAGUGCUACAGGAAGGGGUCCUAAGGAGCUGGACACCAGAAGCUUAAAGGAAGAGAAUUUUGUAGCAUCCAUUGAAUUGUGGAACAAGCACCAGGAGGUGAAAAGGCAAAAAGCUUUGGAAAAACCGAGGCCCGAGGGCAUCAAGCCUACCUUUGACCUUGGUGAGACGGAGGAGAAGAAAUCCCAGGUCAGCGCGGACAGCGGUGUGAGCCUGACAUCUGGUUCCCAGAGGACCGAUCCUGACUCCAUCAUUGGCGUGAGUCCAGCUGUUAUGAUCCGAAGCUCCAGCCAGGAUUCUGAAGUUAGCACCGUGGUGAGUAACAGUUCUGGAGAAACCCUGGGAGCGGACAGUGACCUGAGCAGCAAUGCAGGGGAUGGCCCGGGUGCUGAGGGCAGCGCCCACUUAGCAGGCUCUCGGGGCACUUUGUCUGACAGUGAGAUUGAGACCAACUCUGCCACCAGCGCCAUCUUUGGUAAAGCCCACAACUUGAAGCCAGGUGUCCAGGAGAAGCUGGGAGGCAGCCCAGUACGCUCCUCUGAAGAUGUCAGCCAGCGUGUCUACCUCUAUGAGGGCCUUCUGGGAAGGGAUAAAGGAUCGAUGUGGGACCAGUUAGAGGAUGCUGCUAUGGAGACCUUUUCUAUAAGCAAAGAACGUUCUACUCUCUGGGAUCAAAUGCAGUUCUGGGAAGAUGCAUUUCUAGAUGCUGUGAUGGUGGAGAGAGAAGGGAUGGGCAUGGACCAGGGGCCCCAGGAAAUGAUCGACAGGUACCUGUCCCUGGGAGAACAUGACCGGAAGCGUCUAGAGGAUGAUGAGGACCGCUUACUGGCCACACUGUUGCACAACCUCAUUUCUUACAUGCUGCUGAUGAAGGUGAACAAAAAUGACAUCAGGAAGAAGGUGCGGCGCCUGAUGGGAAAGUCACACAUUGGGCUUGUGUACAGCCAGCAAAUCAAUGAAGUGCUUGACCAACUGACUGACCUGAAUGGACGUGAUCUCUCUAUCCGGUCCAGUGGCAGCCGGCACAUGAAGAAACAGACAUUCGUGGUACAUGCAGGGACAGACACAAACGGAGACAUCUUUUUCAUGGAGGUGUGUGAUGACUGCGUGGUGUUACGGAGCAACAUCGGGACCGUGUAUGAGCGCUGGUGGUACGAGAAGCUCAUCAACAUGACCUACUGCCCCAAGACCAAGGUGUUGUGCCUGUGGCGCAGAAACGGCUCUGAGACGCAGCUCAACAAGUUCUACACCAAGAAGUGUCGGGAACUGUACUACUGUGUGAAGGAUAGUAUGGAGCGUGCCGCCGCCCGGCAACAGAGCAUCAAGCCUGGACCUGAGCUAGGGGGCGAGUUCCCCGUGCAGGACAUGAAGACAGGCGAGGGUGGCCUGCUGCAGGUCACCUUGGAAGGGAUCAAUCUCAAGUUUAUGCACAACCAGGAGCGGAAGGUUUUCAUAGAGCUGAAUCACAUUAAAAAGUGCAAUACAGUUCGAGGCGUCUUUGUCCUGGAGGAAUUUGUUCCUGAAAUUAAAGAAGUGGUGAGCCACAAGUACAAGACACCAAUGGCCCAUGAGAUCUGCUACUCCGUGUUGUGUCUCUUCUCAUACGUGGCUGCAGUUAGGAGCAGUGAGGAAGAUCUAAGAACCCCACCCCGGCCCGUGUCGAGUUGAUGGAGGGGGCUCGGUUCAUCCCAUGCCCCUGCCCUGUGGCUGCUGGUGCUGUGCAAUGGGUGAUGCGUUGUGUGCUCUAGCUCCCAGUAAUGGCUCCAGCGUGUGUCUCCAUGUGUCUUUCCCUCCCUCCCUCCCCUCUGCCCUCUCCCAAUCUUAGACUUGCCUGCUGUUGCCUCAGGGCGCCCAAUUGUUUGUCAGGCCAGUGACUUCCAAGGAAGUAUGUGCAGUCAGAGUGAACCGUUGGCGUGUGUCCUUGAUAUGUCUGUGUCGUGGUUCCAUGUCUUUGGUGUUGGGACCUCCAUGCAACACUCCAACUCUGACCCUGUGACCCAGCAGGCUGGCAUGGUCAGGGCAGCAGAGUGAGGGCCUGCCUCUCUGCUACUGCCUGCAUCCUCUUGCCUGCUUCCCCACUCAGAGAGCCCUGCCUUCCCUGUGCUUCGAGCCCAGCUGCUGUGCUCUGGCACCAGGGCAAGCUGGGGAAGGGCCAGUUCAGUUCCCACAUCUGUGUCUGGUGUUUCUGGUUUGGGGGAGGCACGGCUUGUGAGGGCCAAGAGAUGGCUGUAAAUAUCUGCGCUCUGCAUUAUUUAUAGAAAGUGUACAGAUGUGUAACUGUGAAAUAAAUGUCCUUUACCCCU